UCUGUCCUAGAGCAGAGCAGAAGGUCGGGGAGAUUUUGGAGAAGGCAAGGACAGACAGAAGGGGGGCGUGUGUUCCCCUGGAGUUUCCUUUUUCUUGCUAGUCCUUGCGCGCGCAGUCAUCCCUGCGGUCUGGCGAUUGUGGACAGAGGUGGCGAGGCUCCAUCCCAGCCGGUGGCCGGAGGCUGGGGGCUGGGGAGACCUCCGCACAGGAGCGGUGCCCAGGAAGUUUCCGACGCAGAGGCAGCAGUGCAGCCCGAUUGCUGCCGCGCGGGAGCCCAGGACCCUGCCACCCAAUCUCUCCGGCUCUGCUUCCUCUCGCCCAGCCGCCCAGGCGCCCAGGUGCCGGGCGCGGACCCGGCAGCCGUCUGUCCCGCCUAGCUCCACGGUGAAAAAAAAAGUGAGGGUGUAAAAGCAACAGAAUAAGAGACAUUUCCUCAAAUUUGCAUCAAGAUGGAAACAUUUUGCUUCAGGGUGUCCUUUUGGGUGGCGCUGGUUGGAUGUGUAAUUAGUGAUAAUCCUGAGAGCUACAGCACAAAUCAAAGCAUUCAUAUGGACGAUUUUACCACUUUUCGUGGGACAGAGCUCAGCUUCCUGGUUACCACUCAUCGACCCACUAAUUUGGCCCUACCCAGCAAUGGCUCAAUGCACAACUAUUGUCCACAGCAGACUAAGAUUACUUCAGCUUUCAAAUACAUUAACACUGUGAUAUCUUGUACUAUUUUCAUCGUGGGAAUGGUGGGGAACGCAACUCUGCUCAGAAUCAUUUACCAGAACAAGUGUAUGAGGAAUGGACCCAACGCGCUGAUAGCCAGCCUUGCCCUUGGAGACCUUAUCUAUGUGAUCAUUGAUCUCCCUAUCAAUGUAUUUAAGCUGUUGGCUGGGCGCUGGCCUUUUGAUCACAAUGACUUUGGCAUAUUUCUAUGCAAGCUGUUCCCCUUUUUGCAGAAGUCUUCAGUGGGGAUCACCGUCCUCAAUCUCUGUGCUCUCAGUGUUGACAGGUACAGAGCUGUUGCUUCCUGGAGUCGUGUUCAGGGAAUUGGGAUUCCCUUGGUCACUGCCAUUGAGAUUGUCUCCAUCUGGAUCCUUUCUUUUAUCCUGGCCAUCCCUGAAGCAAUUGGCUUCGUCAUGGUGCCCUUUGAAUACAAGGGUGAACAGCAUAAAACCUGUAUGCUCAAUGCCACAUCACAGUUCAUGGAGUUCUACCAAGAUGUGAAGGACUGGUGGCUGUUUGGCUUCUACUUCUGCAUGCCCUUGGUGUGCACUGCAAUCUUCUAUACCCUCAUGACUUGUGAGAUGUUAAACAGAAGGAAUGGAAGCUUGAGAAUUGCCCUCAGUGAACAUCUUAAACAGCGUCGAGAAGUGGCAAAAACAGUUUUCUGCUUGGUUGUAAUUUUUGCUCUUUGCUGGUUCCCUCUUCAUUUAAGCCGUAUUUUGAAGAAAACCGUGUAUAAUGAGAUGGACAAGAACCGAUGUGAAUUACUUAGUUUCUUGCUGCUCAUGGAUUACAUCGGCAUUAACUUGGCAACUAUGAAUUCAUGUAUAAACCCAAUAGCUCUAUAUUUUGUGAGCAAGAAAUUUAAAAAUUGUUUUCAGUCUUGCCUCUGCUGUUGCUGUUACCAGUCCAAAAGUCUGAUGACCUCAGUGCCCAUGAAUGGAACCAGCAUCCAGUGGAAGAACCACGAACAAAACAACCACAACACAGAGAGGAGCAGCCACAAGGAUAGUAUAAACUAAACAUCUUAAGAAACAUUAAUCAGUAUUCCUUCAAAACUUAUUGGAGAAAAAAAAUCACACAGCAACUAUGUCUCCAGAAGUCUCUUCUCCCAUGACUCAGACCCACGCCCGGAAAAAUGCUUUCCAAAACAUCAGAGAGUGGACUGGUUCAUGCCCACAAAUUCAAUGCAUCUUACUUCUUUAAUUUAUCUAAUUUACAUAUUCUGUAUGUUAUUUUCAGCACUAAAAAAUGGUAAGAGUUGGCAGGGGAAAGGGAGACUGUUAAAUGAAACCAGAAAGAUAUUUACUACUUUUGCAUGAAAAUCGUUUUCACGAACAUGACUAGCUUUCACGGCUGUUCUGUCAAAUGUUUAAUGAGAACGGGUCACCAUGAAAGUUUGGAGGUUAUAAAAUAGAGAUAUUUUUAAAUGGGGUUUUUUGUUUGUUUUGCAAACACGGUAUGGGCCUAAGUCACCUUUAUUUUGAAAUGUCAUUCAGUGCCAGUAUUUUUAACUGCAUAGUAGCCUAAAAAUAAUUAUUUGAGUUCAUUUUGUAAAAAAAAAAAAAAAAAAAAAAAAAGUAAAACAAUUUAGUGAACAAUUAGGUUAAUGUUUUUCAUGCCACUGUGGGUUUUUUUUUUUAACAUAAAUUUUCAAGCUGCAACAAAUACAGGACUAAAGCACAAACUAAUAAUCACACAUGGCAGUUUAAUAGCUGCUAUUCAAAGAAUUUUUAAGAACCUAUUUUUUAUGGUGUUUCAUUACAGGAGAUCCUGAACAUUUUUUCAUGUUAAAUUUUAAUAAAAUAAUGCUUGAAUCAAAUAGUUCUAUUUUUCAUAAGCCCAAUCUAUUUUAAUGUCUUUUAUGUACAAUCAAUAUCAUAUACCAAAAUAUAAAGGUACAUGUCGUUUAACAAUCCCAAGACUUUCAGUUCAAUUCAUAGAAGUCUAAAGCAUACCUAGAAUAGAAGUGAAUAUUUUUAGAAGAUUUGGAAAUUUUCAUUGAGGUUUUUUAGUAAUAGUAACAUGUAUAUGUAUGUAUAUGCAUAUAUAUGUACAUAUAUACAUGUAUGUGUGUGUGUAUAUAUAUAUGUAUAUAAAUAUACAUAUAUAUAUAUAUAUAUAUAUAUAGAGAGAGAGAGAGAGAGAGAGAGAGAGAGAGAGAGAGCAUACAUAUCACCUCAUACUCUCUUUAUUUGUUUUAAAUGUUAACUGGCAGAAAGACUUUUUUGGUCAUUCUCUUUUUCAUAUAGGAAACAUAAUUUCAAAGUGGCCGGCUGAGUGUAUCAUGUCAGUGAAAUAUAAUUACCCCAAAGGCCACCAUGAACUAUGCUUCCUCAAUUCUCUGGGUUUCCAGUGUGAACUUAAACACCUCCCCCACUCCCACAACUCACAUAGUCACCAUUUAAAAUGGCCCACAGUGACUUUUGCUGAGUAUUUUCCAAGAUGUUUACAGACUGUGAGUAGAGCAGAAAAUCUUUUACCAUGUGUAUAUAAAUAUAUAUAUAUAUACAACUGUACAUAUCUUGUAGCCAAUUUUUCUGUUAUUAUCUCUAUGGAAUAUAUUUGUGUGUGUGAUACAUGCAUGUGUAUGAUGUUAUGUAUGGACGUAUGUAACCUAAUAAUGAUGCCCUGUAGCUGUGCCAAAGCACACACUUGGACUGGAAUCUAGGUGGUUGUUUAUCAUGACAGUUGGCCUGAGUGAGUUUUAAUCUGUGUUCAUAAAGCAUAUGACUAUGUCACCAUUACAAGUGGAAUAUGGGAGGCAGCAUAAAAGGGGACAAGUCAUGGGCUAACAAUAGGGUUUUAUUUGUUUGGUUGGUUGGCUGAUUAGCUGGUUUGGUAAAACAGUAUUUGGGGUUGUUGGAGCAAAAGUCAUUAAACAAUGAGUAAUUAAAUUGUCUUAAUCCUCAACUAACCUCAGUGAUAAGGUUGACAAGUAAUCUAAUGUAUAUAUCAGACUUCACCAAACAUAUUCCUGAUGAUAAAUUAGCUAAUAAUUUGUUGGGCUGUGUUUUAGCACCGUCACAUAUAAAAUGAUAUCAGGUUCCAAUGACCCCAUUGCAGGGCUUCUUGAUGUGUAAGCAGUCGAAUUCCAUUAUUUCACUGGUACAUACCAUGCACUGAUAUAUACCCAUAAUGUAAGCCAUAAACUCACACCAUUUUGUUUAAACAACUGUCUUUUUGUUUAAGAUGCUUUCUCUCUUACAUAUGAAUAAUGCAUUUUAUAAGUUCAGAAAGUCAUAGCUUUCCUAAUAACCACACAGGCUUCAAUGGACAUUUUGUUUAUGGACUGGUAAGUAACUGUGGUUUACUAGUAGGAAUAUUUCCAGUUUCUACUUUUACCACAUCUUUCCAAGUAAAACUGUAGAAAUGAGCCAAAAGCCAAGGCCCUGCAUUGGCAGUGGCCUGUAAGUAUAAAAUAAAGUUUACAGAAGCCUU